AACUGGGCGGGAUCUCACGCGAUCACAUGGAACCCCAUUCAUGUAUGAUUUACGUACUUUUCUGUCGUAUCCAAAUGAAACGGGUCCUUUAUUUCCGAAAAUCUUACUUGGGAAUGAAAUUGAGUCUCCAGGAUCAGCUGUGGCCGGCGUCUUGUUCUAAUAAACAAGUAAUGAACCUCAGAAACAGAUGAAGAAUGGAGGGAAUCCUAUUCAAGUGGACAAAUUACAUAAGUGGUUGGCAGCCUCGCUGGUUUGUACUGGAAGGAGGGACUUUGUCCUACUAUGACUCGCAAGAGGACUCCUGGAAAGGAUGCAAGGGAAGCAUCAAAAUCUCAGUGUGUGAAAUACAAGUCCACUCCUCUGACUUCACACGGGUUGACCUGACCAUCCCUGGAGAACAGUACUUCUACCUCAGAGCCAUCAACGCAGCGGAGAGGCAGAAAUGGCUGGUCGCAUUGGGAUCUGCCAAGGCCUGCCUCACAGACAACCGAACCAAGAGAGAGAAAGAGCACCAGGAGAACACAGAGGCUCUUAAGACCAAGAUGUCAGAGUUGAGGCUGUACUGUGACCUUCUCCUCCAGCAAGUUAACCAGAUCAAGGACAGUGAGGAGACUGAGGAGGCUGGGGAGAACCCUGGCACCAUGGUGAAAUCUACAUGCACCACCUUCAUCAAGACGUUGGAGGAGUGCAUGCUGAUCGCCAACCGCACCUUCAGCUCAGACCAGGCCACAAAGACCCCACCCGGGUCACCUCCCGUGGCAACCAUCAAACCCCAGAAGGUCAAACCUGUCAAUCAAUCAAAUCAGGAAAAACACAGGGAGUGUAAAGAAAUCUCAGGAGGAUCUGUAACACAUGACAACCAGAGCCUUGACUCUGGAGCAGAGGGACCAGACCAACGAGACGGACCAGACACGCUCCCUGAGAGAACCACCAAAACACCCCCAACAGAAAAUAGCCCAGUCGGCGGGGACCCCCAGGGCCCAGAGGAGUCUGCAGUGGAAGAGGAGGCCACUACCCAAACCACCCACACAAACCCUGACCCAGAACACACCGAACAACCAGCACAGCAGGAAGAGGAGGAGGAGGAGGAAUUCAAAGAGGUGGAGCAGGAAAUGAGCAACGCCCAAGAAGAAGAGAAACAGGAAGUGACCCAGAACCAACAGGAAGCUGUCACUGACCAAGAGGAAGCCAAGCUGGAGGAGGAGCAGCCUGCCCAGCCACAGGGAGAAGAGGAGACGACAGAGCAGGUGGACACAUUCUUCAGUACGAUGAGUCACAGAUUUAGUGAUAUAAGACUGGACGGUGACAGUGGUAUUCCUACACAAGCCUUUUUGGACUCAUGCUAUGCAAUAGUGCCUGUAUUAGACAAACUAGGAUCCACAGUAUUUGGUCCAGUAAAAAUGGAUUUUACAGGCAACAUCAAGAAGAUCCACCAGAAGCUGUCGUCGGACCCGGGCAGCUUCCCCACACUGCAGACCAUAGUGCUCCACGAGGUGCAGACCGGCGUGGCCCGCGUCCGCAACUCAGCCACCGAGGCCCUGCUGUGGCUCAAACGAGGACUCAAGUUCCUCAAGGAGUUCCUGUCCCUGGUCAACUCUGGGGAAAGGGAUAUCCCCGGAGCGCUGGGUAAUGCUUAUGGACGGAGUCUGCGGCAGUAUCAUGGAUGGGUUGUGCGAGGUGUAUUUGCUCUGGCCCUCCGAGCAGCGCCAUCAUACAGCAGCUUUGCGGCGGCUCUGGUGUCCAGAGAGGGGGAGGAACUGAAAGAAGGAUUCAACACAGGCAUGCACCGGGACCUGGGGGUCUACCUGCCUGCCAUGGAGAAACAACUGGCCAUCCUGGAUGCCCUGUAUGAAGAAUACAACCUGGAGUCAGAUGAGGUGGUCUGAGAGGAGGAGACGAGAUCCCAACUGGUGGCCUGAGAGGAGGAGACGAGAUCCCAACUGGUGGCCUGAGAGGAGGAGACGAGAUCCCAACUGCUGGCCUGAGAGGAGGAAACGAGAUCCCAACUGCUGGCCUGAGAGGAGGGGACGAGAUCCAAACUGGUGGCCUGAGAGGAACACUACCAGAGGAGGAAGAGAGCCCUCAGACUCAGACCAUCUGGGAUACAGUGACGAAGGAGGAGGAGGAGGUAGAAGAGGAGAGCCCGAUAUGAGCCGCCGCAGCAGAGCAGUGGCUCUGGUGUACUUGAUGUAGUGUACAGUACUUUAGACUCAGGCUCUUUUCCCUCCUGGAAGUCACUUCCAUUAUGAACAGCUGCACCAUUGGUGGCUGAGAUUGCACAAAUAUGGACUUUUACUUUAAAUUGAGGCUGAUAUUGUUAUUAUUGACAGCAUUAUUUGACAGCCUACAUAGGCUGCAUGUAAUGAACUGCAUACAACACUGAAGAGUAUAAUGUAGCGGUGUUAGUAUUGAUCCCUGCUGAACUCCUACACCAAUAUACUGUACCUACAUGGAUGACAUGCGUACCACCACCAACCCACCUCCUCCAACCCCCUCCCUCCAGAACCCACCUCCCCCCUCCCUCCAGAACCCACCUCCUCCCUCCAGAACCCACCUCCUCCCUCCAGAACCAACCUCCUCCCUCCCUCCAGAACCAUUCUCAUUCUCUCACAUUGUCUCAUCUACAAAUGUAUUGUUUACCAAGUGACAUUAACAUGAACUAUUAUUUUCCUCCUUAUCGUAAUCAUUUAAAUGUAGUCUUUAUGAGUAACUUAUGGAAUAAACCAUGUUCUAUAUGGAUGGGAAAUGUCCAUGUUUUAAUGUAUAGGGUUCGACUGAGGUGCCAACUGAAGUGGGAUAUAUAGCAAGGCCUUGAUUCAAAAUGUAUUAACAAUCAUGGUGGAUAGAUUGUUAUUGUCUUCUAUUAGCUGACUUUCCUCUCUGUGACUGAUGUUGUGAGUUAAGAAUAAUACAACGGGGAUCAUCAUAGAGGCAGUCUAACUUUGGCCUCUUAGUUCUGGACAUUAAUUCAGUCUUGUUAUAGAUGCACUGAACCAUUUGGACAAAGCAGGAAUAUCUGACCGAUUUGCAAUAGGCUGAUUCCUUGUUGUGAAUAAUUUCUAGUGUUAAUGCUAAUGUUUUUGUAUCUCACAAUUUCAGAACACAUUUUAUACGAAUGUACAUAAGAUGGCAUUUUUACAUAUGUAUUAAACUGGAUGAAAUCGUGAA